AGGCAGAGUUGUGCGCGGAGUCUGCGGCGGCCGCAUUACCCCCGCGAGCUGGUGCAGUGGUCCCGGCCGAAGGCAACACGUCUCCCCCCGGCUCCCGCAGGCGCAUGGACCCGGCCGCACGCUCCCCCGCACCUGAGGGUGCAGUGGACCCGACCGCUCCGCUCGUUUGCUCCCUCCCCUGCGCAGCGCACGUCUUGGUUCCGGCCGGGCAUAAAAGGCUCCGCGGCCCAGGGCUCACUUGGCGCUGAGAACGCGGGUCCACGCGUGUGAUCGUCCGUGCGUCUAGCCCUUGCCCACGCAGCUUUCAGUCAUGGCCUCCGGUAACGCGCGCAUCGGAAAGCCAGCCCCUGACUUCAAGGCCACAGCCGUGGUUGACGGCGCCUUCAAAGAGGUGAAGCUGUCGGACUACAAAGGGAAGUACGUGGUCCUCUUUUUCUACCCUCUGGACUUCACUUUUGUGUGCCCCACGGAGAUCAUCGCGUUCAGCAACCGUGCCGAGGACUUCCGCAAGCUGGGCUGCGAAGUGCUGGGCGUCUCGGUGGACUCUCAGUUCACCCACCUGGCUUGGAUCAACACCCCCCGGAAGGAAGGAGGCUUGGGCCCCCUGAACAUCCCCCUGCUUGCUGACGUGACCAGACGCUUGUCUGAGGAUUACGGCGUGCUGAAAACAGAUGAAGGCAUUGCCUACAGGGGCCUAUUUAUCAUCGAUGGCAAGGGUGUCCUUCGCCAGAUCACUGUUAAUGAUUUGCCUGUGGGACGCUCCGUGGAUGAGGCUCUGCGGCUGGUCCAGGCCUUCCAGUACACAGACGAGCAUGGAGAAGUUUGUCCCGCUGGCUGGAAGCCUGGCAGUGACACGAUUAAGCCCAACGUGGAUGACAGCAAGGAAUAUUUCUCCAAACACAAUUAGGCUAGCCAACGGAUAGUAAGCUUGUGCCCCUACCUAGGUGCCUGUGCUGGGUGUCCACCUGUGCCCCCACCUGGGUGUCCUGUGCUGACCCAGGAAAGGCCAGACCUGCCCCUCCAAACCCUACAGUCUGGGACCCUGGAGGGCUAGGCCAAGGCCUUCUCAUGCCUCCACCUAGGAGCUGAAUAGUGACGCCCUCCCCCGAGCCCACCUAGCCGCACACAGGCCUAGAGGUGACCAAUAAAGUAUUAGGGACAGGUGU